AUGUCUCGCGAGCCAAACCAAGCAGCAAACGAAGGGUUCACUUCCGUUCUUGCUUGGAACCACAAGUAUCUAAACCAGCACCUACUCCAAUUCAAGAUGGGUCUCCUCGACAUCGUGCAGCCCGGCGUCCUCACCGGUGAGGAUGUUGUCAAGGUGUACAAGUACGCCCAGGAGCACAACUUUGCCAUCCCGGCCGUGAACGUGACGUCGUCGUCGACGGCGAACGCCGCCCUGCAGGCCGCUCGCGACAUCAAGUCGCCCAUCAUCAUCCAGACGUCGAACGGCGGUGCCGCCUUCUACGCUGGCAAGGGCAUUGACAACAGGAACCAAAACGGUUCGAUCCUCGGUGCCAUCGCCGCCGCGUACCACGUGCGCGCCAUGGCCAAGCACUACGGCGUGCCUGUGAUCCUCCACUCGGACCACUGCGCCAAGAAGCUGCUGCCGUGGUUUGACGGCAUGCUGGAGGCCGACGAGAAGUACUUCGCCGAGCACGGCGUGCCUCUGUGGAGCUCGCACAUGCUCGACCUGUCGGAGGAGCCGAUGGAGGAGAACGUAGCCAUCAGCAAGAAGUACUUUGAGCGCAUGGCCAAGAUGAAUUUGAUCCUGGAGGUCGAGCUGGGCAUUACCGGCGGCGAGGAGGACGGUGUGGACAACAGCGAUGUGGACAACGCUUCGCUGUACUCGCAGCCGGAGGACAUCCUGCUCGCGUACAACGAGCUGGGCUCUGUGUCGCCUUACUUCACCAUUGCUGCUGCGUUCGGCAACGUGCACGGUGUGUACAAGCCGGGCAACGUGAAGCUCCACCCUGAGAUCCUGGGUGACUUCCAGAAGUACGUCGCCAAGGAGAAGUCGCUUUCGACGGAGAAGCCCGUGUUCUUUGUAUUCCACGGUGGCUCUGGCUCGACUCCCCAGGAGAUCCAGACGGCCGUGGGCAACGGUGUUGUCAAGAUGAACAUCGACACGGACACGCAGUGGGCGUACUGGAACGGUCUGCGCAAGUUUUACGAGGAGAAGAAGGACUACCUUCAGGGCCAGAUCGGCAACCCCGACGGCCCGGACGCCCCGAACAAGAAGUACUACGACCCGCGUGUGUGGGUCCGCAAGUCGGAGGAGACUAUGAUCGAACGUCUGCAAGAGGCCUUCCGCGACCUGAACUGCGUGAACGUGCUGUAAGCAGCACGGUUCGAUACAGAGUAGUCGGGCAGGUGUUAGUAUCUACUGCGAUCUCGGCUUAGGUGGCCAGCGCGCGUUCUUUCCCCACAUGUAAUAGCAAUAUAUCUCCUUGAGGAGUCCUCGAUUAGGACGAUACCGUAA